AUGGCUCUGCGGCGCACCUUCACUCUUCCGCAACUACUGCGGCCGGUGGCUCGCAUCCCUUUGGGAAUUAACGGAGAACAAAGACGUGGUCUUGCAACAGCUGUUCCGCCGGUUACUCAAGAUGCGACGGGAUCUAAAGGGCCGACUGCAAUGGUUUUCUUGAACAUGGGAGGUCCUUCGACAACUGGUGAAGUGGAGGAUUUCCUAAGCAGACUAUUCGCUGAUGGCGACUUGAUUCCUCUCGGUCGUCUCCAGAACUACCUUGGUCCACUCAUUGCGAAGCGGAGAACACCGAAGAUCCAGAAACAGUAUGCAGAAAUCGGAGGAGGCUCGCCGAUCAGGAAAUGGUCUGAAUAUCAAUGCGCAGAGAUGUGCAAACUACUAGACAAGCUCAAUCCUGAGUCCGCCCCGCACAAACCCUACGUCGCCUUCCGAUACGCAGCGCCGUUGACAGAAGAAACGUAUGCGCAGUUAUUAGCGGACGGUUUUGGCAACGGAAAAGGUGGUCGUGCUGUCGCUUUCACGCAAUAUCCCCAAUACUCGUGCUCUACAACGGGUAGCUCGCUGAACGAGCUGUGGAAAUGGAGGACCCGACUGGAAGGGAAGCGUGCCAAUGGCGACGUUGAGCCCAACGGAGCUAUUCAGUGGAGUGUCAUUGAUCGUUGGCCCACGCACCCGGGUCUGGUUGAAGCAUUCGCGAGAAACAUCGAAGAUCAACUGAAGACCUACCCGGAGGAGAAGAGAAAUAGUGUGGUGUUAUUGUUCUCAGCCCACAGUUUGCCUAUGAGCGUAGUCAACAGAGGUGACCCAUACCCAGCAGAGGUCGCUGCAACCGUCCACGCGGUUAUGCAAAGACUGAACUUCAGCAACCCCUACCGAUUGUGCUGGCAAUCUCAAGUCGGACCGUCGGCCUGGCUCGGCGCUCAGACUAGCGAUACUGUUCAGGAAUACGUGAAAAGGGGACAGACGGAUCUUGUCCUCGUUCCGAUUGCUUUCACAAGCGACCACAUUGAGACCCUAUACGAGCUGGACCUGGAAGUGAUGGAAGAAGCUAACCACCCCGGCGUCAAGCGCGCCGAAAGUCUGAACGGUAACCCGAUUUUCAUCCAAGCUCUCGCGGACUUGGCUCACGAUCACUUGCGUACGGCUGCCGAGAGACACCAACCGCGCCCCGGCUACAAACUUUCCGGACAGCGACUCCGGGAUACAAUCCUCGACAAUCGAGCCAUUCGACAAGCUGAGGCUUGGUUCUACCAUAACAACAAUUCGGAUAUCCGUUACUUCCAUUCUGCAUGGUUAAUACGUGAUACUCAAACAGCCGCCCGCCCUUCGCGGUGCAUCAACCAACCUAAUAUCAUGUCCGCCCACGGCCCUCCGGCCGUCCCUUCUCGAAACGCCCUACGAGUGCUCCGGAGCCUUGCCCUUGCAGGCUCGACAGUUGGAAGCUUCUGUACGGUUGCGGCCAUCACCUACGAUGUACACCGGCGAGUCUCCGUCGCGGAGCGCAUCGUCGAGAACAAGCGAGCGCUUCAAACCUCCGCUCCUAGAUAUGAUGCGACGUCCGCAGCCAGAAGGAUCUCCCGGAUGAUGGAAGCAGCGGAAGCAGGCGAAUUCGCGGGUCUGGAAGCAUGGAAAGAGACCGAAAAGAGGUACAAGCAGACAGCAAAUCGUGGGAUGGGGUACCACGAGAAUAACUCUCUCGGCGGAAGUCCUGAUCCUAACCAGGCGGAUAACGCCAAUCCACCGGUCACGAAUGAUUUCGCUAGUGAAAAAGUGACUAAAUCAGAAUAUGAUACGGAAAUAGUCACGGAAGUUGCGUUGAGGCCCAGAGGUCUCAAGUCGAAAGCCGGAUCCAACAUGCCCCCUUCCCAACCGCCCCCGCCGAGCAUAAAGCGAAUCUAUCGUGUUGGACGGCCGAACCGCGAAGAUAAUAUGGUGUUAAUAAAGUGCAAAUUGGAAUUGCCUCCUGGGAACCAAUUGACUCUUGACGACCGCCUGGAAGAGCUUACUAAACGUGGUCAGUACAUUGACGCCGCCCAAAUAUUCUUGGACGAACAUCCAGCCGCGAGCAUAGGGAUCUCAAUACAUCGGCGGCAGAUCAUUGAGCAGCUAUUUUAUCUGAACUGCAGGCAAGAAAACGUCUUCAUCGCGAGAAGUCUUUUUGAACGUCUCGAAGACGUGGAUCGGGUAUCACCUACGAUGUGGAAGAUCCUGAUUGUCUCAUUGGCGAAGAAGGGCUGCAUAGAAUCGGCCGCUAGCGUCUUCCUCCGGUACAGGAAUACGUUCACUCUGCCAGGAAUCCUGCUGGACGUUGUUCUCCGAUGCUUAAUCGAAUCCCGGCGACUUCAGGCUGCGAAACAGCUUCUUUUCCAGAAUCUGGAGCAUGACCGAGAUUGCGGUCUAUGUGGUGUCUAUCUUACAGGUCUAUGGAAGAAAGCUAGAAGCAUUGAGCUUCUCAACGGCCAGUUCACCAAAUUGCUCAUCAUGCUCCGGCGCUUGGAUAAGGACCCUACUCACAAACUCGUAAGCCCGAUGCUCAAAGCAUAUGUGGAUUUCGGCAGGUUCGCAGAUGCUGAAUCACUGCUAUACGAGAUGACGGUCACAUACCAAGUUCCACUUCAUGCUCGAAUGAAAGGAAUAUUGGUUUACGGCAAAGCUUUACAAUGUGACUGGGAAGCUGUAGACCAAGGGUUCCAUGAAAUGCAGAGUCUCGGUCUGACGAAGCCGAAAGGGGACUUCCUCAAGAUUUUUCACCGUAUAUUCCUCGAAUAUUGGCCGUCUCACAGCGCCGCUGAGAUUCGGCAGUUCCUUUACCGCUAUAUGGACAAGUUCGAUAUUGUCCCGGAUCAAGUUCUUUGGGGACACAUACUGGAGGCAGUCGUGGAACGGGGCGAUAUGGCUAUGCUUCACGAAUUCACAGUCAUGGCGGAGCAACGCGGGUGGGAAGUGAACACGGAUCAAAAUCAGGUCUUGAACGUGGUGCGCCGACGUCAGUCGGCGCUUGGCAAUUCGCCCGUGGGCUUCUGGCAGAUGCUGCAUGCUGCGCGAGCAGACAAUAUGCGGGCCACCGCCUCGCAGCAGCUUCUCGGUCACGACCAGCGAACAAAUUGGCGACAAUCAGAACACACAGUGGAGAAGGCAGAUUUCGCUGAUGAAUGGUACGAGCGCACGGUUGAAGAGUUUACGAGACCUUCAAGGUCGGUCGAUGAUUACCAGAACCUACAGACACAGAUGAUCUACUUUAUGCAUUCGGGCAAAAUGGCAGAAGCCCUCCAAUGCUUCCAGGAUGCGAGGGUGUCUGGAUUUGAUCUCAAACCUCAGGAAAUUGAACUCGCGCUGAUUGCCACACUACUCAGUCAGGGCCUGGGCGCCGCUCAGGCUCUACUUGAAGCUGAAGGCACAUGGAUUGAGUGGUUGCCUAUCCUCUUCCGGCAGCUGAAAGACAUGAGCCCUUCAGCGGAGUCUGAGUACAUCCAGUUGGCUAUCUUCCGCUUCUAUCGCAUCCGGUGGAUGAGGCGAACAAUGAUGGUCACACAUAAUAUCACCGCGGCAACCAGCGGGCGUCUGAUUGCCUCAAAUAAGUCGGAGAUGGCUAUUGAUCUGCUCGUGUCGGUUUACAAAUCAAAAUACGGACGUCUGAAGGUUUUUGACGAUGUUUGCAUGAAGAUGUUCCUGCGCGCGUUUGCCGCGACGGAAAACUACAGGGGGGUUCGCUGGUGCCUUGUAACCGCUCUUUCUCGAGACAGUGCCUUCUCCCGAGAUUUUCUAAUCGAGGCCGUGCGGGUCUUAGGAGUGAUGAGUCGUGACUCUUUAUACAUAGACAUGGACAUCGAAGAUGCCGACUCAAGAGUGGUUGAGCUGAAAGCCCUUGAUCAGCUUGUCGAAUUUCUUCGAAUGAAGUAUGAGGGUGGCUGGUUCCAACCUGGGGCUCUAGGCGUCAACCAUCGUGUGAAGAAAUUCAAUCGCCAAAGCCUGCAGCGUCCAUUCUUUAAACUUGUCUGGCAGUAUACCCCCAACAUCACGGAUAAUGGUGUGAGAGUGUUGCGGAACACAACUAGAUCUUGGGACGAGGAGUACGAGCUUGAAAAAGUGCUAGACAGUAUCGACAAUGAUGAGCAAUCAAUUCUUGCUCGAUGGAACGAAGCAACCUGUCGUGAACAGGAUGUGGACUUGGAAGCGAGGGACGGUGAGGUUGUAUAG